UUUUAAUUACGAAAGGAAGCAAUUAACGAAAAAAAAUAGGUGUUCAUCUGCCCAUAUAUGGUAAUAUCAAUGGGCGACACUAAUGCCAACUUUCCAAAAAAAUAUUAUUGUACGUCAUUUUUUUGGUAGGCUAUGGGACUUAGCGGCUGACUGUGUUUCUCUAUAAAUAAUUAAAAGUACUGAGUGACCAAUAGUUUUAGCAUUAUCAACUUAGUGAUUAGUUAGUAAAGAGUGUUCAUAAAAUGUCUUACUCUCAUAAAUAUACUUGGGCGGCAUUGCCGAGGACCCAGAGAGGUACACCGCUAGUUUUAGGCGGAGAUCCGAAGGGCAGAAACUUCCUGUAUACCAAUGGGAAUUCCGUUAUCAUCAGAGAUAUUGAGAACCCCGCGAUCUCGGAUACAUACACAGAGCAUUCUUGUCAAGUGAAUGUCGCGAAAUAUUCGCCAAGCGGCUUCUACAUUUCUUCAGGAGACGCGUCCGGUAAGAUUCGCAUUUGGGAUACGGUGAACAAGGAGCAUAUACUUAAGAAUGAAUUCCAACCAAUUGGAGGGCCGAUCAAAGACAUUGCGUGGAGCGCUGACAACCAGCGUAUGGUCGCUGUCGGAGAAGGACGGGAAAGAUUCGGACAUGUAUUUAUGUCGGACACGGGUACUUCAGUCGGUGAGAUUAGCGGUCAGUCCAAGCCAAUUAACUCAGUGGACUUCAAACCUUCGAGACCGUUCCGCAUCGUCACAGCUUCAGAAGAUAACACUCUCGCCGUCUUCGAAGGGCCCCCGUUCAAGUUCAAGUGCACUAAGCAGGAACACACACGAUUCGCCCAGGCAGUCCGUUACAGUCCCGAUGGCAGUCUCUUCGCAUCAGCCGGUUUUGACGGAAAAAUCUUCCUCUUCGAUGGCGCCACUUCCGAACUUAAGGGGGAGAUUGGUUCGCCCGCCCACAAGGGUGGAGUGUACGGUAUUGCCUGGUCCCCAGACGGCAAGCAACUACUUUCCUGCUCCGGUGACAAGACCUGCGCUAUAUGGGAUGUAGAGACCAUGCAACGUACUGUUCUCUUCAACAUGGGCAACGCUGUUGAAAACCAACAGGUAUCCUGCCUCUGGCAAGGCAAGCAUCUCCUCUCCGUGUCUCUAUCCGGAGUAAUCAACUACCUAGAUAUUGAGAAUCCGGACAAACCGCUGCAGAUUCUGAUGGGACACAACAAGCCUAUCACCUGUCUUGCUCUGCAUCCAGACAGACAUACUGUCUACACUGCUAGCCAUGACGGCUGUGUCACCGCUUGGAAUGUGGCUACCGGCGAGGGCCGGCACGUGCAGGGCGCGGGGCACGGCAACCAGGUGCAGGGCAUGCGCGCCGCCCGCGCCGGGGCGCUGCUCUCCUGCGGCAUCGACGACACGCUGCGCCGCGCCCAGCCCGCCGCUGAAGGUGAAGUACCGACAUACACGGACGUAUCGAUUCCCCUCGGGUCCCAGCCGCGCGGCAUGGACCAUAUCAUUGAAGAUGACACUACCAUCGUCGCUACUGUCAAAGAGUUGGCGGUAGUGAUCGGUAAUAGCAAGCAGUCGAGCUUGCCUCUAUCGUACGAGCCGACUUGCGUCAGUAUCGACACCAAGUCCAGGCACGUCGCUGUUGGUGGAGCCGACAACAAAGUCCACAUAUACACUUUGGACGUCCGAACCCUAACUCCUGGCGUGACCAUGGACCACCUGGGCCCCGUCACCGAUGUGGCCUUCAGUCCCGACUCUAAAUAUUUGGUCGCCAGCGACGCCAAUAGGAAGCUUAUUCUCUAUUCGACUGAUGAAUACAAGCUGGCCCACAACAAGGAGUGGGGCUUCCACACCGCCCGCGUCAACUGCGUGGCUUGGAGCCCUGACUCGUCGCGCAUCGCGUCGGGCUCCCUCGACACAUGCAUCAUCAUCUGGAGCGUGGACGCGCCCAACAAACAUACCAUCAUUAAAAAUGCACACCCUCAAAGCCAGAUUACUGGGUUAGCUUGGCUCGACGACGAAACCGUCGUGUCGGUCGGACAGGACGCGAACACACGCGUCUGGACCGUACCUAAAGCUUAGACCUUCCUAAUAUAACAAUUUGGCGGAAUAUUCUAUGACCAUCACCAUUUUUACGCAAUCUCAACCUGCGCACGAGUUGAUGACUAAAAACUCUAAAUUAUUUUAUGUAUUUGGAUUUUAUCUG